CGGCCGUGAGCUGCUGCUGUGGGCGGCGCCCUCGGCUUCGAGUCUCCUUCCUGCCCGCGCAGGCCCCGGCGCCCCAGCGAAACGCUCCGGCCGCCCCCCGCUCCCAGCACUCUAGUUCCCAGGCCGCCUGCAGGGACGCUGUUGGCGGCGACACCGGAGGGGGGGCGGGUCAGGAAGUGGGGGCGCGGUGGCCGGGAGCGGGCUCCGGGUGGCCGAGGGAUUCGGCGACGCGGAGGGAGGGAGACUCCGGGCCGCGCGGGAGCCGGAGGGCGCCCCGGCCUCCGCAGAGACGAUGGCGGAGGAAGAAGGACCACCUGUAGAGCUGCGCCAAAGAAAAAAGCCAAAGUCAUCAGAAAAGGAAUCUGCCAAAGAAGAGAGAAUCAAUGACAUUCCAAUUCCUGAAAGAGCUCCAAAAUAUGUAUUAUUUCAACGCUUUGCAAAGAUUUUCAUUGGCUGUCUUGCAGCGGUUACUAGUGGUAUGAUGUAUGCUCUCUACUUGUCAGCAUACCAUGAACGGAAAUUCUGGUUUUCCAACAGGCAGGAGCUUGAACGGGAAAUCACAUUUCAGGGUGACAGUGCCAUUUAUUACUCCUAUUAUAAAGAUAUGUUAAAGGCACCUUCAUUUGAAAGAGGUGUUUAUGAACUGACACACAAUAACAAAACUGUAUCUCUGAAGACUAUAAAUGCAGUGCAGCAAAUGUCUCUAUAUCCGGAACUUAUUGCUAGUGUUUUAUAUCAAGCCACUGGUAGCAAUGAGAUUAUUGAGCCAGUGUAUUUCUAUAUUGGCAUUGUUUUUGGAUUGCAAGGAAUAUAUGUUACUGCUUUAUUUGUUACAAGUUGGCUUAUGAGUGGAACAUGGCUAGCAGGAAUGCUUACUGUUGCAUGGUUCAUUAUUAACAGGGUAGAUACAACAAGAAUUGAAUACUCCAUUCCUUUAAGAGAAAACUGGGCACUACCAUAUUUUGCAUGUCAAGUUGCUGCACUCACAGGCUAUUUAAAAAGCAACUUAAAUACCUAUGGAGAGAGGUUUUGCUACUUGUUGAUGAGUGCUUCAACCUACACAUUUAUGAUGAUGUGGGAGUAUAGCCACUAUCUCCUGUUUCUUCAAGCAAUAUCUCUAUUCCUGCUAGAUAUCUUUUCCCUGAAGCAAAGUGACAAGGUUUAUGAAGUUUAUAAAAUCUACGUAUUUUCUCUCUUUCUGGGAUAUUUACUGCAGUUUGAAAAUCCAGCUUUGUUGGUAUCUCCUUUAUUAAGUUUAGUAGCAGCCUUAAUGCUUGCUAAGUGCCUUCAGCUGAAUGUGAAGAAAGGAAGUUUUGUAGCUAAAAUAAUAAAAAUGAUUAAUUUUUACUUGGUGUGUACUCUGACAAUAACAUUGAAUAUUAUAAUGAAGAUGUUUGUCCCACACAAAGAAAAUGGGCACAUGCUCAAAUUCCUUGAAGUAAAAUUUGGACUAAAUAUGACUAAGAAUUUUACAAUGAAUUGGCUCCUCUGUCAAGAAUCCCUGCAGGCACCAUCUCAAGAUUUUUUUCUGCGAUUGACACAGUCUUCUUUAUUACCUUUCUAUAUUCUAGUGUUGAUUAUUUGUUUACUUUCUAUGUUGCAAGUUAUUUUUAGGAGGAUUAACGGUAAGUCCCUGAAGGAAACUGUUACUCUUGAAGAUGGACGAAUUGGAGAAAGACCAGAAAUAAUUUAUCAUGUAAUUCACACUAUUUUAUUGGGUUCUCUUGCAAUGGUUAUAGAAGGCUUGAAGUACAUCUGGAUUCCUUAUGUGUGCAUGUUAGCAGCAUUUGGUGUAUGUUCUCCUGAACUUUGGAUGACACUUUUCAAGUGGCUUCGAUUAAGAACUGUACACCCAAUAUUGUUGGCUCUUAUUCUGAGCAUGGCUGUGCCCACUAUAAUAGGUCUCAGCUUAUGGAAAGAGUUUUUUCCAAGAUUAAUGACAGAAUUAAUGGAACUACAGGAAUUCUAUGACCCAGACACAGUGGAACUUAUGACCUGGAUAAAAAGGCAAGCUCCAGUUGCAGCUGUGUUUGCAGGGAGUCCACAGUUAAUGGGUGCGAUUAAAUUGUGCACUGGAUGGAUGGUGACAAGUUUGCCUCUUUACAAUGAUGAUGAUCUUCUCAAGAGAAAUGAAAAUAUCUACCAAAUCUAUUCAAAGCGAUCUGCUGAGGAUAUUUAUAAAAUACUGACAUCUUACAAAGCUAAUUACCUAAUUGUAGAGGAUGCUAUCUGCAAUGAGGUGGGAACCAUGAGAGGCUGUAGGGUUAAAGAUUUAUUAGACAUUGCAAAUGGCCAUAUGGUUUGUGAAGAAGGUGACAAGCUAACCUACUCAAAAUAUGGGCGAUUUUGUCAUGAGGUCAAAAUUAACUAUUCUCCAUAUGUGAAUUAUUUCACUAGAGUAUACUGGAAUAGAUCCUACUUUGUAUAUAAAAUCAACACUGUGAUAUCCUUCCAGUCUUGAAAAAUAACAGAGCCUUUAUUUCAAAGACUACCUGAAGUAAAAUGCAGUUUUCUUCUACCUAGUCGGUGUCUUUGCAGAUCAGAGUAUGGACAUUUGAAAUAUUGCUGCUGCUUUCCCCAUUCUGCUGUUAACUGGAUCCAGAGUUCUGUGGGAAACAGAAGAUCAAGCAUUACUGUCCUUUGAUUAAAUGUGGUGUCUACCACUCUGCGGUAUUCCAGACAGGCGUCUUCCUUGCUGCUACAUGCUCUUUAACACUUCUACUGAUUGCAACAUUUUCCCCAUAAAAUCUUCAUUCUAUGAUAAUACUGAUCUUGAAUUUGAAUAUAUUCAAGGUUAGAAUAGAUUUCUCAAACAUAACAUUUAAUAAAUACUUAAUGUGGUAUCAUUAUUUAGUAGAAGGAAGGAAUUAUUCCUACCUUCAAGCAAGUUUUGAAGGUGUUUUAUGAUGUAUAACAACUGAAGUUUUACAAUAAAACUAAUUUAAAUGUUAGCUGAAGAUAUGUGGCAUUUAAAUUAAUAUAUAAAUUAUAUAAAGGAAAGUGAUUUUCAAGGAUAUACAUAAAGAUAUAUCUAGAAUUUUCAUGAUACUGUUAUCAUCUGCUGCUUAUAUAAGUGAGCACUUUCUUAGUAAUACAUAAUGCAUGAUGUUAUUGCAUUUUUAAAUGAUAGUAAGUGAUUAGUUUUCUCACUUAUGCCUAUUAAUUUGAUAUCAAUUUUAAUCAUGAUAAAACAAUAACUGUUACCUAUAAUGUAUUUUUUUAAAUGGACAUUUAAAAGAAUGUUGUUCAGGUUUUUAAAAAAAAAAAUACUGAUAGGGGAUAUACAGUCUGUUCACAUGUUUUCUACUGAAGUACUAAGUAAAACAUUUAAUCUUUAUCAGAAUAAAAAUAUGUGUUCUGAAAUGAGCAACAAUUUCUGGAGAUACAUGCAGUUGCUAUUAAACAUGCUUCUGCAUACAGAUAUAUUAUAAAACACAAGCAGUGUUAUUUAUGAAACUGUAAUGCAGUCUUCAACAUCAAGAAAAAAUUAUUAUAAUAAAAUUUACAACACAGUGUCACAGUCUAAAUGCUAUGUUCCUCUAAGUAUUUUCAUAUUUUUAAUCAUUUAUUAAGAUAAACUUUUAAAAAGUUAAUUUGUCCUUAUGACGAGAUUCAGGAUAGAUGUAACCUAUAGAUGUGUCAUUUUAAUAAGGUGGGAUACAUGUUUAGUUUUUCCUUUUACUCCUGUUCAGUGAACAGAUUUUCAUAAUUCUCACUUAUUAGAGUGCUGCAAAACUUGCAUUUUCGGUACUCUAAAUUACUACAUUAGAAGGGAGCAUUUCCCCAUUGUCUUUAUUUUCUGUUAUGUUGUAAAAGUACACUACAUUAGAAAAGAGCAUUUUUCCAUUGUCUUUAUUUUCUGUUAUACAUAUGUUGUAAAAGUACAUGCAUUCUUAGGCUCUCAGAUGCUUUGCUCUUUUGGAGCUUAAGAAUUGUUUGAUGAUGAUAUCAUAUAUCUGAUAGAUUAGUUUCAGUGGUUCUCAUUUCACUCUUAUACCUAAUUUUUUUUCUUUUUUUUUUUAACCUAAAUUUUUAACUAUAUUAAGAUAGUUGUAGGUAGUGUACUUCAGGUUGACUGUGUACAUCUGAGUAGUGAGUCACCAGUAUUUUGCUUCAAGACUUCUGAAAAUAUUACCAUAGUUACCUAAGCACACAGUGAAUAGUUACAUGGUAGUACUCGUGAUUAGAGCAUGUAAAACAAUGUACUUUAAAAGUCAUCUUCCGUAUUUUGAAGGGGAAAUAGAACCCCCUACUUUUUAUGUAGUGUGAAAUAUUUACUUGAAUUUUUGUUGAUUUAUAUCAUGACCACCUGUGCUGAAUUAGGUUAAGUGCUUGUGUUUUAUUUGACAUAUUAGUAAGUUGCUUUUGCUUCUUUCUGUCAACUUAUUUCUUAAAUAAAAUUGAUCUGGAAAAAUUGUUAAUGGGAUGUUUUAAAUAAUGAAUUUUUCAUCUAGCAUCAUUUGAAAAGAAAAAGUAAGCUUUAUUAUGGAAAUGAUAAUAUUGAAUAUGACAGAUGAGUUUAUUUGCUUCUGGGAUUUUUUUUUUUUUUUUUGAGACGGAGUCUCUUUCUGUCACCAGGUUGGAGUGCAGUGGCGUGAUCUCAGCUCACUGCAACCUCCACAACCUCCACCUCCCAGUUUCAAACCAAUCUCCUGCCUCAGCCUCCCAAGUAGCUGGGACUAUAGGUGCCCGCCACCAUGCCUGGCUAAUUUUUGCAUUUUUAGUAGAGACAGGGUUUUACCAUGUUGACCAGGAUGGUCUCCAUCUCCUGACCUUGUGAUCCACUCGCAUUGGCCUCCCAAAGUGCUAGGAUUACAGGUGUGAGCCACCACGCCCGGCCUAUUUGCUUCUGUUUUAACUGCAGUUACAACAGUAGUACUAGACAACUUUAAGUGGGAAGCAUUUAAUUUGUUUCUUCACUUAUUUGUAGAGUGAACAAAUGAUUCACAAUUCUACAAGUAAUUCCACUUCGGUAACUUAACAGUUCUUAGGUUUGACAAUUAAGAUCUACUAUGCGAGGAGAAGAGUUUUUGGAUUUUGGGUGGAAGGAAUUUCUUGAAGAAAUAAAAACUGUUCUUGGUAUUGCAAACCCACUGAUAUAAGUACCUGAACUUAUUUCUAAGUUUACUUUUUAUUUUCAAAAAAUUAUUAUAUGUUUCCUCAUUUUCCAUAAGAAAAUUUUAGUAAUGUUUUCUCAUCAAAAAGCACAGAAAAGUAAUAAGCAAAUCUUUGAUAAAAGUAGCAAUGGGAUUUCUAGCCUCCUAAAUUAAUUUAGCCUCCCAAAUGCCAUACAAACAAUCUAACAUAAAAUUUACCUUGAAUAAGAUCUAUGAUAUUGAUUCUGAGCUGCUUUGUAUUUUUUCUAACUUUGGCAUCUGUACCUUGGUGUUUUCUGUUAGACUGGUAGAUUUUAGAACCUAAGGAGUAUGCAUUGUACUUCCAAUGCUAACUUUUUUCUUCAUUACUUUCUGUGUAUAUAGACGGUAUUUUUUUGGUAGAACAUUAACCCAGAUUGCUAAUAGCUUCAUGUUAUGGCAUUCUUCUACACAGUCCAGACUGAUUUAAGGAAAAGCAGAAAUGGAAGUCCAGAUGUGUUAUAAAUUGAGACUGAAAAACAUGCUUUAAAAAACAGAUUUAAUUCCUUGAAGAGCACUGUGAAUAGGCAUUGUAUUGUUUUGUGUCUCAGAAAUCAGUUGUUUUGAGCUCCUAUUUUGAACUGUUAAAAAAAUUUUGUGCUUUUUGUGGAUAAAAGUAGUGCCUCUUUUUAUACAACUGACAGGGUUUUUAAAAAUAUGUAAGUUCUUUUUUGGUAAAUUUAUUUUAAAUGCUUUAAUAUUUAUAGGGUAUAUGUUAUUAAUUAAUCUGUAUAUUUUAAAACUUUUUGUAAAGCCAAUAACUACUUCCUGAUUUACAUCUCAGUAUAUUCUCCUUUUAUUUGCUCAAUUAAAAAAAAUAUGUAGUCUCUAUUGUUGCUAUUUACUAAUCAUUUUAGAUGCCAACAUGUAUCAAAAUUAUAGGUACAAAAAGUUGCAAGUAAAAUUCAGCAAUUUCCUAUUUGUUUUUUAAUGUGUAGGAAUAACACUUUAAAUAAACUUAGGUGUGAAAAUUGUAAAGGAACAUAUAUGACCACUGUUUUCUGUACAUUAACGUCUAAACAUUAUACUUGUUUUUCAUAAUAAAAGACAUUUUGGAACCAAA